GGAGUUGAGCGGAGACAGACAGCCUUUAACAUUGCUUCUACACAAACGCCUGUUAUACCUCUGUCCUAUUUGGAACCGAACGAAAAGGAGAAAGAAAAGGAGAAGAAGGCGCAUUCAUUCAACCAGGACUGUUUGCCUGCAAACAGCGUUAGAUCGAACGAGUCGCGGACAUAAUUCGUUCUCAGGCCAGUGGCAGUGGAAUACGGACUUUCAGCCAGUGGCAUUCGAUUCGGAACUUAUGAUUUGUGGACGACUUUAUUCUUGCAAACCUAAACCCUCACCAGGAAAGUGAUCUUUACACAUCGUGGCAUUAGGGAUGGAUGGAACGGAAGGAAAGAAAUUAAGAAGUAGUAUCUGGCUUCCCUAAACUUUAUUUCGGAUUUGAUUUCAUUUAAUUCGUUUUCUGGUUCCUUCUCAUUAUUAUUUACAAUAUUAUUAUUAUUGUUGUUGUUAUUAUUAUUAUUCUUCCCGCGUCCCGAAUUUAGGGGAAAACUACUGUAGAUGCUCUUCUGUUUGCGGUGGAGGUCUGAGAGAUGCUGCAUGGCUGGAGGGAGAUCGUGGGAUUGAAAUCUGGGUGCGAGGCUGCACACACUUGCCGUACCUCAGGAACGCAACAGCGGGCAGGUGCACCCUGUGUGUGCGUGGAGGCGGCAGCGGGCGCUUAUCUGCUCUGUCGGGUCGGAUCGGGUUUAGAACCGGACCCUCAAAGGAGAGGUGCCUUGUGAGAAGAGUGCGUGUCAUGCAGACUCUGGAGUCGGGCGCUAGAAGGCUUUAGACCCGGGGAAAGGAGCCUGAUAUCAGAUUGCCAGUCAUGGGGUUCUUAAUGAGAGGUGGAUGGUUGGCUGUGUCUCUACUCCUUCAGGCCUGGCUUCUCGUGUCUCUCUGUCUGGGGGAAAGACCAUGCCCUAGGAGCUGCCGCUGUGAUGGGAAGAUUGUAUACUGUGAGUCUAAUGCCUUCCGUGACGUACCAAACAAUGUUUCGGCAGGCUGCCAAGGCCUCUCCCUCCGUUAUAACAGCUUGCUAAGCUUGCGAGCCGGCCAGUUUUCUGGCCUCAAUCAACUCAUUUGGCUUUACCUUGACCAUAAUUACAUCAACAGUGUAGACAGCAAUGCUUUCCAAGGCAUCCGCCGACUGAAGGAGCUCAUCCUGAGUUCCAAUAAGAUCACAGAGCUCCACAACACCACUUUCCAUUCUGUCCCCAACCUGCGUAACCUGGACUUGUCCUACAACAAGCUACAAGCUCUGCAACCUGGGCAGUUCCAAGGGCUACGCAAGCUGCUCAGCCUGCACCUGCGCUCCAACUCCCUAAAGAGCGUGCCUGUCCGAGUGUUCCAGGACUGCCGCAACUUGGAAUUCUUGGAUCUCGGCUACAACCGCCUACGUAGCCUGACACGCAAUGCCUUUGCAGGGCUGCUCAAGCUAACAGAACUACAUCUGGAGCACAACCAGUUCUCUAAGAUCAACUUUUCCCACUUCCCACGCCUUUUCAACCUGCGUGCACUCUAUUUGCAGUGGAACCGCAUCCGUUCCAUCAGUCAGGGUCUAUCCUGGACUUGGACCUCCUUGCAGAAGCUGGACCUUUCAGGAAAUGAUAUUCAAGUGGCGGAGGCCAGCAUCUAUCAGUGCUUGCCUAACCUUCAGACCCUUAACUUGGACUCUAACAAGCUCAGCAACGUCUCUCAGGAGGCAGUUGCUGCUUGGAUCUCCCUGACCACCAUUAGCCUUGCUGGCAAUGUGUGGGACUGCAGCCCUAGCAUCUGCCCCCUGGUAUCCUGGCUCAAAAACUUCAAGGGGAACAAGGAGACCACCAUGAUUUGUGCUGGUCCCAAGGAGGUGCAAGGGGAAAAAGUGAUGGACGCUGUGGAGGCUUAUAGCAUUUGUAAAGAGACACCUGCACCUUCUACUGAAAAGCCUCUCCCUCCUGCCCAGACUCCACCAAAACCCAGGCUACCCCCAAAGCCUACUGUGCCCAAGCUGGGAGAGGAGGAGUCCCAAGGAGUCCUUCCAAGUCCCUCACCCUCAGGUGCUUCCACCUUAUCCCCGGAGCCAGAGUUCGAGCACGUCUCCUUCCACAAGAUCAUUGCAGGCAGCGUGGCACUUUUUCUCUCAGUGGCCAUGAUCCUCCUGGUGAUCUAUGUCUCAUGGAAGCGGUACCCAAGCAGCAUGAAGCAGCUGCAGCAGCACUCUAUGGUCCGCAAACGCAGGAAAAAGGCACGGGAGGCCGAGCGUACACUCAGCUCCCCCCUGCAGGAGUAUUAUGUGGACUACAAACCCACAAACUCUGAGACCAUGGAUGUGCUGGUUAACGGGACAGGACCCUGCACCUACACCAUCUCAGGCUCCAGAGAAUGCGAGAUCCCUCACCAGGUGAGUGCGCUGACCUUCUACAGGUACGAACAGCCAAUUGUGGACUACUGUCAGGCUCAUCAGCCUCUGCACCUCAAUGUGGGAUUUGAGGGAGCCCCCCAAAGCCUGGAGAAACUUGGGGGUCGGGAGCAUGGCACAAUACAGACUCUCACUAUCCCUUCUCGGGCUGCCACCUCCCUCACAGAUCCCCGGACAUCUCCACAGUGAAACUACCACACAAUGGAAAGGAUAUAUAAAGGACAUCGCACCUUCCUACCUUUCCAGAUGUUACUGUUUACCUGCUUGAUUUGAACCUGACUGGCUUUAUUAUUUAGAGGAUCACAGGCAGGUGGCAAAUGUGAUGAGGGUGUUGUUUUUUUGUGAGAACUGGCAACAGGCUUCCUUUGAGUAAACUGAAUGUGUUCUGCAGUUCUUCAAAGGGUACAUGCAACACACACCGCCACACAGUACAAAGCAUUCUGUAAUAAAAGAGAGUAGGAUCAUAUAUGUAUAAUAAAAAGUUUAUAAAAGGAAGGCAGAAAGUGGAAAAGUACUCUGUUUACAAAAGGGCAUACUGUACUGCAACAUGGAUAGUACCCAUUUUCCUGUUAUAAAAAAAUGUCAUUUUGUAAUUCAUUGUGGUUAAAAAUACAAGGUGACAAAAUCAUUGCAAGCUAUCUCAAAAAAGUAAUAUUUUAAAAUAUUAUUAGUCAAUGGAGCCAUCUUUAUUGCUCGAUGAUCAAUGUCUUUACUAAAGGCCUUUUUAAAAUUUGAAGAGUAAGCCCUUUUCUGUAGUGGAAGUGUGAGAGAUGUAUAUAAUAAAUACGCUUGGAAAAGAGGAAGAAAACAUGGGGAAAAAGAAGCUGAACUGCAGAACAACAAAAAAAGUUUGUUAGUCCUCAAAGGUUUCAUGUUGUUAGUUUUAAUAAGGCUGUCAAUCACUUGUUCUAAGGGAAUGAAACAAAUUAGUGAUUAUUUGAUUACGGGAAUUGAGCCGUUUGGAUUGAAAGAGGUUAAUUGGGGUGCAGCUGUUUAGAAUUUAUGUUAAAAAUAUGGAUUUGUCUUUUAAUUGUGUCAUUUAAAAUGUAAGGCCAAUAAUUAUUAUUAUUUGAGUGUGGAGCAACCUAUAUAGAUGUGCCCAGAUUCAAAAAACAUUUCAUUUAGAAUAAAAUGUUUUUUAAAAUUCCAUUUUUACAGAAAAAAAAACAAGUCAGAUCUGGA